AGGGAGGCGGUGAGAAGAUUUAGUUCAAGUUGGAAAACACUGGGAGGAUUUAAACAGUCUGUAUCACGUUCCGCGCUGGCUGCACCCGAGUACCAGUCUGAGUACAGCCUGGUCCUUGAAUGCCUCACCAAGAGAAACUAUAGCCUCAAAUAAAGAAGAUGCACUGAGGAGUAGAUCUGCAUUCAUUCAAAUAUGAUCAAUGAAAUACUCAUUGUGCGUCAUCCCGUCAGUGUGUGUGUACCGGUCAGCCAUAAAGUGACUCUGAGUGUCCGUGCUGAGGGUACAGGUAUCCUGAAUUACCAGUGGUUCACUGAUAAAACAGAGAUUCCUGGUGCCAUUCAUGCAGACCUGACGAUUUGUGCUCAGAACACUCAACUCUACGUGUGCCGAGUAAAUGACCAGUUUUACAACUGUAAAUUCAGUGAAUGGGUGAAAGUAAAAGUGCUGGAUAUUGAUAAAUCAGGUUUGCCUCAGCAGUGGCAGGGUGAGCCCCACAUUGCUGUUAAUCCUGAACCCCACACAGUACGUCAGGGAGAGAAAGUUAUUCUUCGUUGUGUCGCCUUUGGCAUCCCGGCUCCACGCUAUCAAUGGUACAGAAAUGGCCAGGCUCUGCUGGACAAGACUGGUGACACACUGCAGAUUGACCAUACAACAGCGACACAUGAAGGAUCAUACCUGUGCUCAGUGUCAAACGUACAUGAAGAAACAUGGACUGAACCGGUUGAUGUUCAUAUAGCAAAAAGUGCAGUCCUCACAGCAACUGACAAAGUUGCAUUGCUUAUUGGGAAUCUGAAUUACUCCAGUCAUCCUGGCCUGAUGGCUCCAGUUGUGGAUGUACAUGAACUUGCCAAUCUCCUACAGCAGCUUGGCUUCAGAGUGGUUUCUCUCUUGGACCUUACCAGGGAGGAGAUGCUGGCUGCUAUUGAAAGGUUCAUUCAGCUUCUUGACAAGGGAGUUUAUGGUCUUUUCUACUAUGCAGGACAUGGCUAUGAGCGAGCUGGGAGAAAUUAUUUGGUGGCUGUUGAUGCUCCACAGCCGUACCGCCCAGAAAACUGUGUCUGUGUGCAGAGGGUCAUGCUCAACAUGCAGCAAAAGAAGACUGCCCUCAGUGUAAUUCUCUUGGAUACUUGUCGAAAAUGGUACAACCAGGAUUGUACCCCAUCAGCCAUCAUGCCAUUGGGACCCAGUGGGAAUACUGUUUAUGGCUAUGCCACGUGUGAAGAUGCUGAAGCCUUUGAGGUCCAGGAUGGAGGCAGAAGUACUGGAAUCUUCACAAAGUACUUGAUCAAGCACAUCCUACAGACGGAGAAAGUCACACAUGUCUUAGAGAAGGUUUCUGAGGAUCUUGGCAGAGACCCUCUGGUCGCAGGCAGGCAGGCGGUGGAAAUUAAACACACCUUAAAGGAACCUCGAUCCCUUGCAGAUUCAGUUCAGACCACUGGCCACACCAAGGAGCUGCACUUACGGGAUGCCUGCUGGAGACAAGCAAAUGUGUUGCCACAGAAGAAGGUGUUGAUGUUUCUUUGUGGCGUAGAGGUGGAACUCAGUUUCUCAGCAUUGUUUUCCAAUGUUCUGAUGGCUUUUGCCGUCAUCAAGACCACAGGACCCCGAACCCAGGACUGCACCAUCACGCUGAGAAGCAUACCUUCAAUGGAAGAUGUUUUAUCCCGCCCUGGAAGGUCAGAGGAGAUGGACUCUCUUCUGGCCAGCAUGCCUGACAGCCAUGAUUGUACGCUACGACUUUGUACACUGCAGAAACUUAAGGAGUCGCUGGUUAUCAAAGUGGACCUACACUUUACUCAUAUAGACAGUAAUCAGCGACUAACAGAAAGCCAACACGUGGACAUUGGAAAGCCUAUGGUGGCAUCGUGUAAACUCUACAAGAGAAGUCAUGGAGCAUCUGCCAAAAAACAAGGAGCUUCUUCUCAAAGUGUGAACAUUUCAAGCAGCAAAGCGCCGCUGCAUCAGACUCAGGCUGCUCCAUGUCGCCCUUUCACCAGAAAGGCGGAAUGCACUGUCAAAGUCACGGCUCCAAAGAGCAACGAGCCAGAAGAGAAUGAUGAGAAUGAACUGCAGAACUGGACAUGUGGGCAGUAGAAGAUUUGUGUUUUUGUGAAUACUUGGAUGUGUUUUUAUGAAAGAGGUUUAAUUUUUGUGAAUGUUUGUGUUCUGAAUGAAUAAGUGAAUGCUUGAGGUAGUAUGCAUGUAUGUAUAUAUUUCACCCACUGCUCAGUACUGGAUGAAUAAUGACACUGCAGUUUUUUCCCUUUAAAAAAAAAAAAAAAAAAAACACUGAUUAAUUGUAAAUUUAAUGUAUUUAUAUGUGGGCAGUAUGUCCUACUGUAGCUAACGGAUAAUUCCUUUAAUCAUAAUGAAUGUAUUAAAGAUAUUUUCAUGA